GCGGGGGCAGCGGUGGCCGCCUCGGGGCGGUGGGUGCCGCACGGCCGUCAGCCGGCCCCGGCGCGCUGCUUCCCGCCCCUCACGGCGCACCGGGGCUCCCCUCUGCCUGAAGGGAGUCCCUGCGGCUGUGCUGCUUUUGAGAAGUGCUCUUUCCCCGAGCAGCGCUCGUGCUCUGCGAGGCUCCGCUGUGUCGCCUGCACAGUCUCUCGGGAUGCUCGCAGGUUUUCCUCAGUCGCGUUGCUGGUGCGUUCAGCCAAGCGGGGUUUGGGGAGGGAAAGCGUCGCGUUCUGAAGCGCGCUUGGCAGCAGUUGGGUAUGGAAAGCACCGAGUGUGGGAUCGGGAGCGCCUUGUGUCUUUUCUGAGGGAAAAAAUUACCCAGGGUCUGUCUCCGGGGUGCUCUGACAGAUUCGGUGGAGAGAAAUUAGCAAAAAUAUACGGAGUGAGCUUUUCAGCGUUGUGCUGAAACCUAUCUGAACCUUUCUCCCUCAGAAGAAGUCUUUAAGGGCUUCGGGAAGGAGCCGUGUGUUAAGAUGGAAUCUCAGUCAGUUCUCGCAGUCAGAAGGACUCCUCCAGCUUACAAACCAGCUGUGAAGUACAGCAGUUGUUGUGCCAAAAGUGAAAAUUGGGCAGAAAAUUGAGACGGUGACAGGAGUCAGAGCUCUGCUGCCAGCCCAACAUCCAAAGAGAACAAUAUGAAGUCUGUCAGCUCUCUGCCGUUCACCAGAUUUCAGCCUUCUUGCCUCCCAACUAUGGGACAGAGGUUCCAUGCAUGCUAUGCUCCUGCAAAUAUAGGAAAAUAGGCAAAACAGUGGAAAUACCCUAUUGGCUUCUCUUUUAAUGUCUCUCAGGAGGAGCCCAGAUACCAACCACAGUAGAUACACGUGGGGGGAGCCCUCGUGAGCUCCUCAGACAUGGGGAAUGCAAUGGUCAGAACUUGCACCUCUUUAGGUAAUAAAAAGCAGUUGGCUUUAGCACACAAAUCAGAGGCAUUCCUAGCAGCUCCUGCUGUGGUGCUUGCAGCAGUCCUUAGUUGCGUGUCACUCAAACCGCGUCAUUAGAGUUAUGCCUCUGAGGAGCAAAGUCCCAGGCUUGGUUGCUGGGAAGCUGUUGGGGCUGUGGAUGACACUUCCUUCAGCUCCUGCAGUGAGGAAAGAGAGGGUCUGGAAUUGCGUUGUUUUCUUUCUUUUAUCCUACUCAUCCGUGCCUUGGGAAGAAAAAGAGUAGGGGACAGCUUUCAUAUGGGAGAGGCCUUUGGAUCAUAUGGGUUCAUGGAGGAGAAUGGGCGUUAGGAGAACCAGUGCUCAGGGAAUGCCAGGUGUGGGGAACGAGAGGAGCCCAACUGCACCUGCAGAAGUCCUGUUAUCAGCAGUCUGUGUAUUGGCCCUUUUUCCAGGGAUGAUGUCCUCUGGGAAAAAAAUCCUCUUCCCUUCAAAAAGAUCAGACUGAGUAGACUAGUUAUGCAUGUAUCUGAGAAGGCUGGGAGGGUGGCAGAAAAAUGUUAAUAAAGGGAGAACAAAAAUCUCAGUUUUCACUCAGAGGUUUCCCGAGCACUGUGAAUCUUUUAUCCAGAGCUUUACUGCUGUGGAUCUAAUGGUAUCAAGUUAUCCUAGAAGAGAUUUCAUGAUACAUGUAGGGAAAUACCUUUUCUGGGUGAACUGGUUGAGCAUGAAAUGAGUUCUUCCAAGCAAAGGCUUCAAUUGUGUAGCCACUCCCAUUGCUGAAGUGUAUUCUAACCUGUGUUUCUUGUGAAUCUGCUUUUCCCACAGCUCUUUUGCUGAUCCAUGCAUUUGUGUACAGCUGCGUACACGCUGAGGUUAAUGGGCUUGUGAACACACAACAUACAUUAUUUCUGCCUCCGUGCUGUAGUUCAGGUUGGAAACAUCCACCCUGGAUGCAGAAAGAGCUGAGAUAUUGAAGUGGGCUGUGGCACAUGACCCUGCCAGCUGGAGUGCACAGAUAGCAAUGAGGCACACUGUAUGAUGCCAUGGGGCUUUGGAUUCUCCUCCACCCUUGCUGGUGUUAGUGAUCACCAAACUCCCAGUGAACAACAGGUCAGUUUGGAAGCAACCUUUGUUGUUUGGUUGUUUGGUUUUUUUUUGCCAACAAAGCCAAUAGUGGAAGGAGGUGGAGGAUGGCAUGAGCCUCUUUCUGUGGCUCUGGCAAACUCAUGUUUCCCAUCUGUCAUUUCUGUUAAGGACUGGGACUGAAGACUGACCUGUGGCCAUUGGGACCCUGACACCUUCUUAUUAUUCAUGAUCAUGUGUUCCCAUCCAGUUUUAUUUCCACUGCCUGUUCCCAGUGGCUAGCCAGGACUGCAAGGUGUCCCAUGAGCCAUUCAGUAUCUUUGAACUUGAACUGCACUGCUUUGUGCAGCCCACUGGGCGUUCCUGCUGUGUAGCAAUUGAUGAUGCUACCAUUCUUUUCACAAAGCUAAGUCCCCUGUAUUGAAGCUGGUACCUCUAUGGAGAACACUGCAGCUUCUGUCUCUGUCACAUACCCAGAUUUAUUUUGCACAAUAUCCAGGGAGAAAGACAAAGGAAAAACAGAUAAAUGCCCCUGGGCCUUGUCCCAGUUUGUAGUCAAGUCGUAACUGCAGCGUGCUUUUUGACCCAGAAAUGGGAAAAUACUCCUGUAUGCAUAUAUACGGGCACAGCCAAAUGACAGAGCUUUUAUGAGAGAGAGAACAAAACAUUAUGAGAUUAAAAAUAGAUGGGGGGCAGGGGUAUAAAAAAGGAAAUCCUUGGGAAGGAAAGCCCUGCCAAGAGUUCUUUUCCCCAGCCAAAUCAAGUUGCAUGUGCCAAAUAGCUCUUUCUUAGCAUCAGAAACUGUGUUGAGAAAGCACUGCCCACUAUUGAGAGUGACAAUUUUCUCUUUGUGUUGACUCAAAAUUAACAUGUUUAGUAAAUCAUGUGGAAACAGAUCCUGAAGUUCAGGCUUGCAUUAGAUAAUAGAAAUGAAUGACAGUACUUUUUGAGUGAUAGAGUUAUACUAGCUGUGAUAUUUAUUUAUUCAUUUAUUUUUCUAAGGCAUGGGCAAGACAAGUUUUGUUGGCAGGCAUCUUGUUAAACCUACCAAGUAGUAGGGAAAACAAUGCCUGAGCACUAUUGUGUUGUGUUUUUUUUAACACUACGAGUAAGUCUAUUAGGAGAUACUAUCUCUGCUUAAAAAACUGCCCUUCCUUAAUGUUACUGAAAUACAUCAAAGGAAGUGUUUUUUUAAAAAUGGUUUUGCAUAAUGUAACUUCAGCCUUUCAAGUCUCAUAGUAUAUCAUUAGGAAAAAAAAAAAAAAAAAAGUUAGCAAAAUUUAUGAAAAUGUAAGUAUAAUCAGAGCCCACAGUGAUACUGAAAGGAAUUUAGCAUUUGUUUUUCAUUUGUUGUUGGUGAUGGUGAUGGUUUGUUGUUUUUUUUGGUUUGUUUUGUUUUUUAAGUAAUAAAGCCCAAUAACUCAGGAUAUAAACCAACUGGUGUCUGAAUUCUUAGGGAAAUUGCCACUCUUGAGAGGAUUCAUCCACAAAUUUUUUUUUAUUUUUUUUUUAAUCUUCCUUUGAAGCGUUUGCAGCUGACUAAUAGACAGGAUGUUGGACUGAAUGAACCAGGCUGCGGUAGCAGUUCCAAUGGGUCCCUGAUGGGGUAGUUGGCUUUACCAUCAGUACAUGGAAGAAACCUAAUGUUGCUCCUGACCAGAUUCCCAUUCACAUGCAAAAAAAAAUUCAUUCCAACUCAGUGAAGUUUUGAAUUCAAAUCAAGUAGCAAGUCAGGAGCUGACCUUGAAGUGUUCCUUCUUACACCCACAGUAAUAAUGUAUGCUAACAUGUAUGUCAAUUACGUAUGGGGGGAGGUCUAGCCUUAGGCUAGAGUUCAUAUUAAUACAAGCAAUAAAACAUUAGCUUAGUGCUGGUAAUCCAGCCUUAUGGUUUAGCUAGGGAGUUUCCUACCUUCUGGCAACUCCCACAGGAGCUGGCUUUAUCUGACUGUUGCAGUGAAGGCCAGCCGUAGUGUGACAUAACAUGGAUAAAAUCCUUGGUAACAACCACAAGGGGACAAAGAAGAGAAAUGCUGACUCAAAGGAAUGCUCAAUGGUCAUUUACAUGCAUAUGGCAUUUUUUGAACUUCCCCUGCUUGCAGUCUGAAGUGUUUAAAAUUAAAUAAAUACACUGGAUUUUAUGCAUUUAUUUUGGGUACAUCCAACAGAUAUGAACGGUCCUGUCCUAGUUGCUGACAUCUUCCACAAAAGCUUUUAAACUGAAAACAACGUACGUGUUUUGAUUUCUGUUAUCAGAUCAGCUACAUCACCAGCAACAGAUUCUGAUACUUAAUCAUAGAAUCACAGAUUCAUUAAGGUUGGAGAAGAUCACUGAGAUCAUCUACUCCAACCAUCAACCCAUCCCCACCAGGCCCUUUAAUCCCUCUGUGCCAUAUCCACACAUCUCUUAAAAACCUCCAGAGAUGGUGACUCCACCACCUGCCUGGGCAGCCUAUUCCAGUACCUCGCCACUAUGAGAAGAAAUUUUUCCUAAUAUCCAACCUGAGCCUCCAAUGGCACAAUUUGAGGCCAUUUCCUCUUGUCCUCUUGCUGUCACCUGGGAGAAUAGGCCGACCCCCACUUUGCUAAGUCCUCCUUUCAUGCAGUUGUAGGGAGCGAUAAGGUCUCUGAGCCUCAUUUUCUCCAGGCUAAACAAUCCCAGUUCCCUUACCUAUAUCCCAUAAGACUUGUGUUGCUUUUCUUUGAAGAUUGUGAUGCUUUCCGAUUAGGAAAGUUAAUGCCAGUUUGCAUCUAAGCUACAGAAAAGCAAAAUAUAUUUAAUGAAAUCUCAGUAGCUUCCAGUGAAUACAUCAGGUGGAAGAGAAAAUAAAGCUCUUUACCCACUUGCAAAUUUUGUAAUAAUGGACAGGCACCCACUCCCUUGGCACACAUAGAGGUGUUCAGUCAGGUCAUCAUCUUGCCACCCACUGGGCACUAGCAGUAAAUGACUGGGGCAGAUUUCAGGUAGUUUCAGAAGAACAAACUGUCUGCAAACCAAUUUCUGAAGGCAAAAGCUGUAUGUAGAUGUAUUGAAAGGGACGUAAAAAACAGAAGAGACAUGAACCUACUGGAGCAUGUUCAGUAAAGGGUCUUAAAGAUGAUUCGCAUCACAUGGGGGACGAUGCACAAGUUUAGGAUAUUUGACUGAUGAGAUAGAAGUGAAAAGGCUGGAAUUGCUUGGCUUGAAAAAUAGAGAGCUCAGUGGGGAUCUUAUCAGUGUGUACAAAUAUCUGAUGGGGGAGAGCAAGAAGAUUGAGUCAGGCUCUUUUCUGUUGUGCCCGGUUCCAGGACAAGAAACAACAGGCACAAGCUGAAACACAGGAGGUCCUCCUAAGCACCAGGAAGCACUUCUGUGCUGUGCAGGUGGUUGAACGUUGGAAUAGGUUGCUUGGAGAAGUUAUGGAGUCUCCAUCCUUGGAAAAAGUUUUUCCAAACUGCACGUGGCCCAAGGCAACCAGUUCUAGCUGGCUGUUCUUUGGGAAGGGGUUGAACUAGAUGAUCUCUCAGAGGUGUCUUCCAACCUCAUCCAUGCUGUGUCUGCACAAAGCAAAGGUCAUCUGCCAUUCAGGAAAGCAAAAACAUAUUAAGAACUUGUUCACAGCAUUGUAUUUCUCUUUUUAAAAUCAUUUCUCUGAGACCUAUGGAGUCCUAUUCUUCCUUUCUCGGUUUUUACACCUUUGCUGAUGUAUCCCUCCCUAGUUUUCACAGCACUUCAACUCCUUUGAUGCAAAGCACUGCAUCAAAUACAAACUUGUCUUCAGCACCAGGCAUAAAUUUAUUGCCUCAAUCUGUAUUUCUUAGGCAGUUUUAUGAGAGGCUAUGUGCUCAACUCCAUUAACAGUGCUAGCCUCAAUGACUUUUCCUCCACUUCUGCAAUUAUCUGUGGGAUUUUUUCUAUGAUCUUUUUUAUGUGCAAUAUACCUGUCUAGCUCUGGUCCAUCUACAUUUUUAUUUAAUCUUCUCUUAUGCCAAAGAAGCUAUUUCCUUUCCAAGUAUCAAUACCAACCAAAUCCAUUCAAGAUGUAAUCUCUGGCAGGUUUCUAAGAACACUUUAUUGACAUUGAGUUUAUUUUCUUACUUGCAAGCUUUCUGGGCAAGGAUUGUUUAUUUCCAGUUCCCAUACAAAUGCAGAAUGAUUUUUUAGUCCCUAGCAAGUAAAAAUACUGCCACUGAGGGAGUAGCAAGCUGGAGGCAAUGCAACAGCUUAGCCCAUAGAAGUGGAUCCAGGGGGACACAAUGUAUGGAUGUGACAGUCAGCAAAGAGUCUGACUGCCCCUCUGAAGGGACAGAUCCAGUAACAAACCAGUGAAGAGUAACUCCAGCUGAAGUGGACUGGUUGGACCCUCUGCAUGCCAACAAACAAUAAGCAACAAGAAGGCAGAUGCUGAAGAGCUGUGCACUGGGGGAGGCAGAGUAGGGACCAGCAGCCACUCAUGGCUGUAUCCCUGGAGGCCUGUGUCUGUGUGUGACCCCAGAGGCCUUUAUUUUUUAUCCCCUGGCCAUGUCCUCCGAGCAUCCGGAGCUCAAUUUGAGCCUUCCUGCAGGCAGCGCUAGUUCUCUGUUCCCUGUGAGGUAAGCACAGAUCCAGGCCACCACCACACACCCUCUCUUGACACGAGUCCCCAGGUCGGGCAGCCGCUUCCCCUGUCUGGCAGAAGGCCAGCUGCCACAGGGGCAGAGCUCUUACCGCCACUGGAAAUAUCCCUCAGCCCAGAAGAGGCCCCUCAGCUCUCUGGCACACAGCCGUUUCCUUCAGGCUCAAGACUGCGGUUCUGGCUUUUGAAGAAGUGGUUUCGCUGCGGGCAGUGACGUGUGCCCUGAAGACACCACCUGCAUGGCUGGUCCCACACACUGGGGCUGGGGACAGCAGGGCAUCAGCAGUAUGGCAGUGUGUCUGCUGUGCCUACCAGUUCUAGUUAUGACAGCCAUGGCUUUCACUUCUGCAAUGAAUCAAAGCACGUCUGAGAUUACAUGUGCAUUUAUCAGACAAAGAGAUGGAGCUUCAAGGACAGAAGGGACAUCCGUAUCUUCCAAGAUCUCUAACAUUUUGGAAGAUCUCGAGUGCCAUUUGAAUUCUCAGGGAGCAGAAAACAUCUAUGAACCGAUUAAAAAAGUGGAAGCUAAUGUGUUUGAAGAUAUUGAAUUAAGAGUGAUAAUGAACAUUUCAGAGAUCAUUUCAUGCCAUUGGUUUUUUAAAGAAAUCCAAGCUUGUGAACCUUCAUUGGAUUCAGAUAACCAGUAUGUUACUUCUUUGUCUUUUUCUCAAAUAAGAGAAACACAAGCUGGAAAAUACACUCUCUCAGUCAUCAGUAAAAACAGCAAUUACACCAUCACUGUUCCUGUUCUCAUCCGAAGUAAACCAGGCAAACCCUAUUUCAUGAUACCUGAGAAACUGGAUAUAAUAAAGUGCAUAUCACAGAGCUACCCCCAGCCCUCUGUGAAGUGGACAUUUUGCAAAACACAUGAAAAGAGCUGCCUUAAUAAAAUGCAUGAAGAAAAUGGAGAAAUAGAUGGCUUACAGAAGGUACAAUAUGAAGUAUACCAGAGUGAAUUGUUUGAAACUUAUAUAUGGUGCUGUGCAGCUAAUGACCUGGGCAGAGAAUGCACCAACCUCUUUACUAUAGAUUUAAGUGAAAGACGAGCGACACCUUCAGCUGAGUUACUUCUCAAAGUCGGAGAACCAUUGCUGAUCAGAUGCAGAGCUGUUUAUCGUAAUUACAAAUUCAGAAUUAAUUUAUCUUUUGAAAACAAAGAAGCGCCGCAGAAUCGCCAAUUCAAUGGGCUGGAGUACCAAACAGACCACUCAGCCACUCGGGUCCAGUACGUGUUUACUUCAGCAGCAAGAAAAGGCGACAGCGGACGUUAUACCUGCUCUUCUACAGCUCAUCCAAAUCAAACUGCUCUGGUUACUGUUUUAGAAAAGGGAUUUAUAAAUAUAACUGACUCCAGAGAAGAUUUUGAAAUUGGUGAUGAAGAGUUUUGCUUUGAAGUUAACUUUACAGCGUAUCCACCAGUUGAAUGCAUGUGGCUAUUUUCCCAGAAAACAUUUCCAUGUAAGCAAAGUUACAGUGAGGAUGGACACAGCAUUUCAUCAAAGUUCUGCAAUCAUCAGCACCGUUCUGGAAUAUAUGUAUUUUAUGCUGAAAAUGAUGAUAUGGUCAUGACAAAAAAAUUCACUCUAUACGUGAGAAGAAAACCUGAAGUAACAAUGCAGUUAUUGUUCAAGCAGAUCUCUUGCAUCGCUGACAGCUAUCCAGCCUCGUCCUGGGUUUGGAGGAACUGUCCUGACCUGAACUCAUCCAACUGUACUGAAGAAAUCAAGGAAGGGAUCCAGAACUUCUUGCCAGAAAGGAGAUCUCUGGGGUCAUGGAUUUCAAGCAGUAUUUUAGAUGUAAAGGAGACAGCAACAACGUUCUCUGUUGAAUGCUGUGCAAGCAAUUUGGUCGGCUCCAACUGCAGGAAGAGCUUCAUUAACAUGUCAGUUGCAGGAACUGUUUCUUCCCUGCCAGACAAUGCUGCACUCUGCGUUUUUGCUGGAUUUAUCUUCCUGUUGAUCAUUUUUUUGUGUGUUCUCAUUUGUCAUAAAUACAAAAAGCAAUUUAGAUACGAAAGCCAGCUGCAAAUGAUUCAGGUGAUUGGACCAUUGGAUAAUGAGUACAUCUACAUUGACUUCCGUGAAUAUGAAUAUGAUCUCAAAUGGGAAUUUCCCAGGGAAAAUCUGGAAUUUGGACAGGUUCUUGGUUCUGGGGCUUUUGGGAAAGUGGUGAAUGCUACAGCUUAUGGAAUUAGCAAGGCAGGAGACUCAGUGCAGGUUGCAGUCAAAAUGCUAAAAGAAAAGUCUGACACUUCAGAAAAAGAUGCUCUGAUGUCUGAACUGAAAAUGAUGACUCACAUUGGAAGCCAUGAAAAUAUUGUGAACCUGCUGGGAGCCUGCACUGUGUCAGGACCAAUCUACUUGAUUUUUGAGUACUGUUGCUAUGGUGACCUUCUGAACUACUUAAGGAGCAAGAGAGAAAAAUUUCACUGGACUCUGACUGAUAUUUUUAAACAGCACAACUUCAGUUUCUAUCACAAUAUCUGUUUGGACCAAAAUUCCAGGAAGGGAGCUCACCUGAAAUAUGAUGUGAACAUGGAUCUGUACAGAGAGGAUGAACUUAAAGUCACACAAACAAGCCAAAACAUAAAUAUGACCUCUGGACCAAAUGGGAUUGCACUCUGCUCUGAGGAAGAUGAAAUAAAGUGUGCAAGCAGACAGAUGGAUGAAGAUGAGGAUUUUAAUGUGCUCACUUUUGAAGACCUUUUAUGCUUCUCUUAUCAAGUUGCCAAAGGAAUGGAGUUUCUUGAGUCCAAAUCGUGCAUUCACAGAGACCUCGCUGCCCGCAAUAUACUGGUGACCCGUGGGAAAGUCAUGAAAAUAUGUGACUUUGGCCUUGCCAGAGAUGUAAUGAAUGACUCCAACUACAUCGUCCAGGGCAAUGUUCGUUUACCCGUUAAAUGGAUGGCUCCUGAAAGUUUAUUUGAGGGGAUGUACACCAUGAAGAGUGAUGUUUGGUCUUAUGGAAUACUGCUGUGGGAAAUAUUCUCUUUGGGUGUAAAUCCUUACCCUGGCAUUCAAGUUGAUGCGAACUUCUACAAAUUAAUUAAAAGUGGAUUUAAAAUGGACAGACCUUAUUAUGCUACAAAACAUGUCUAUUAUGUGAUGCAGUCCUGCUGGGCACUGGACUCCAGAAGAAGACCCUCAUUUUCCCAGCUGGUUUCCUCUCUUGCCUGUCAGCUGGUGGAGGCAGAGGGAGCAAUUUACCAGAACAUGAAGAAAACUGUUUCUCCACCCAAAUCCAACAACAAAACUAACCCAGGUGUAUGUAAGGAUGAGGAAUUUCUUCUGUUCCCAGCUCUGCUCCAACAUGAAGAGCUCAUUUCAUGUUGAGAAAUGAAUGGGGUUUGACCUCAGUAUUUUCCUAAGCUCCAUGUAGCACAAAUGCUUCACUUCACCACUAAGAAGAUGUUA